UUCCUGUCUGUGUCCCGCGAAGAACUACAUGUCCCAAACUGCUUUGCUACAUGUGAACCUUGUUAGAAUCCAUAUGUUUCUCAGGGAACAACUGCUGACAUCUACACACUAGAACCGCCUGACUGCUGUUUCCUAUCAAUCUUGGGCGACUAAGAGUCCUCGGGCCGCACACAACUCUACCUGAAGUCGUGCACAGAGAGAGAAGCAGGAAGGUUUGAUUCGACUGAGUUGUGCAGCCAUGUUUGCUCUUGGCUUCUUCCUGUUGGCUGGACUGCUAUGUCAGAGUUUGGCUCAAUACGAUUACUAUGACGAAUACUACGUCCCCUCCGCACCACUGGAGGGAUUAUCGUCUCCUACUUGUGCCCAGGAGUGCGAAUGUCCCAUCAGCUUCCCCACAGCCAUGUACUGCAACGAGCGCAACUUGAAGUUUAUCCCUAUUGUGCCGAGCGGCAUCAAAUACCUCUACCUGCAUAACAACUUAAUCGAGGAGAUCAAGACUGGCGUGUUCGACAACGCCACCGACCUCCGCUGGCUCGUCCUGGACAACAACAUCAUCACCAGCGACAAGAUCCAGUCUGGUACCAUUGAUAAAUUGAGCAAACUGGAGAAGCUCCUCUUCAGCAAUAACAAGCUAACCAAACCCCCUGGUCCUCUUUCGAAGUCCCUGGAUGAGUUGAAGUUGGUCGGCAACCAGCUGAGCUCUUUCCCGAACACCUUGUCUGGGAUGGAAAACCUGACCACCAUCCACCUGUCCAAGAACAAGCUGACCACCGAGAGCAUCACAGGUGCCUUCAAAGGCCUGAAGUCCCUCGUUCUGCUGGAUGUGAGCGAGAACAAGCUCAAGAAACUUCCCGCGGGAGUUCCCCCUUCACUUUUGAUGCUCUACGCCGAUACUAACGAAAUCGACAGCAUCCCUAGUGGCUAUCUGGCCAAGCUCCCGCUCCUGCAGUACCUGCGUGUCUCUCACAACAAGCUGGUGGACUCUGGUAUCCCUGCGGGUGUAUUCAAUGUGUCUUCUUUGCUUGAGCUCGACCUGUCUUUUAACAAGCUGAAGUCCAUCCCAGAGAUCAACGAAUCGCUCGAGCACCUGUACCUGCAAGUCAAUGAGAUAAGCAAGUUUGACCUGACGAAUAUCUGCAAGUUCAGCUCCCCGGUCAACUACUCUCGACUGAGGACCCUGCGCUUGGAUGGAAACAACCUCACACACAGCAGUAUGCCAGAUGACACGGCUAACUGCCUACGCCAAGCCUCAGAGAUCAUCUUUGAAUAGAGUCGCAUCUCGCUAGUAGUUUAUCAAACAAAUUAAGGCUAUUGCUCUUAUUAGACACUCUGAUUGACAUAUGCAUGUCUUUAUUCAUGAUCCCGGCAACCAUAUCUGGUUACAUGCAACACUUCCUCUAUAAAAUGUUUAUGAACACAUCUGUAUAUAUAUAUAUAUAUAUAUAUAUAUAUAUAUAUAUAUAUAUAUAUAUAUAUAUAUAUAUAUAAAGGGCAGCAGUAGUCUGGGGUCUUCAAAUCUGGCACAUAAAAUUUCAGUCUUGUAUGGUACUGUAUAAAGAGUAUUAGAUGAAUUAGAUGAAAUAUUCCCAUUUAAAUGAGAGACAUAUUUGUGCAAAUUGUGAAUAGCCCAGUGUGCACUCUAUACGAAGCAGCACUAUAUGUCAUCUAAGCGCAUGUUAAAUACCUUAUCAGUCACAAUUGUAAUCAUGUUAUUAAUAAACCUGCCGGUAAGGACAUUAGAUUGUUUAGAGUACACAUUAUGGAACAUAACUAUCUUAGUUGUAUAUAAAAUGACUAAAUGUGCAGUGAUGUUGAAGGAUAUCAAGAAUUCAUCUGAAAUUGAAAUGCACGCAAAACUGAAAAAAAGAAAAAAUGCUGGACACUGAAUGAAUUUGAUGAGGUUUAGCUAACUGCUAAAUAAAUCUAAAGGUUUUUUUAUUAUUAUUUAACUGAGGAAUUUCAGUGGCAAAAUGUUGUAUUAAUAGCAAAUUAGUAUCAGCUUGAAUUUCUUAACUCUGCCAACAUUUAUACCAUAUUUUAUCUGCAUGCAGUUCAUCUUAUUUUGUAACAGAGAUUGCUUUCAAUUCUAUGGUAAACCACAUUGAAUUUUUUUUAUGUAUUCAAUACACCAUUUCACAUCAUCACCAUGUUAGUCAAAUUAUUGAGCCGUGAGAUUACAGUAACUUUGGCAGACUGUUGUAGAAGUUGUAAGUUCCCUGAUUUGUUGUUUUAUUUUGUUAAAAAAAAACAAAUGCCAAAGCAGUUUGUUCAUCUUUAUUUGAAUAAACCAUAUUUCUUACA